AAUGAGCCAAUGGGACCCGCUGGGCGUCAGACUGACAGCCUGAGUGGACCAGCGCGGAGGCGCCGUUCCUGUUUCACAACCGCCUGGCAGCCAAUGCGCGUCCAGCUCUGCCGGGAGCGCAGGGAAACGGCCAAAUACGAAUUUUCUCUCUCUUCCUGGAAGGUGAGAACGUUACCUGACUGCUGCUGGGAGAGUGGGAGUCACGGCGAUGGCUUUGUCCCAGAUCCUGGACGAUUCCCCUCUGAGGUUUGCUCCAAAGCAGCCGGGAACCGACGCGCUUCUCCUGCAGGAGCUCUACAACGAGAGGCACCGGCUGGCCCUGGAGGAGCUGCUGUCCGGAGGGGUGGCGGACUUUCUGGACUUCCUCGGGAGGGAGAGGAUCCCCAACUUUCUCUCGGACGAGGAGAUCCAGCGGAUCCGGGCCGCCGUGGUGCCCCCGCCGGGGGGCGCGUCCCUCCACGGGGAGGAGCAGGGCCAGGAGCAGUCGCUGGCCAGCUCGCUGGACUGCUCCUCGGUCACGUACUUCCCCGAGGUGUCCGACGUGGAGCCGCCGCUGCUGGAGAACGGCUGGCCCGGAUUCACCGCCGGAUCCUACCGCGGAGUCACCCGGGCCGUGGCGCACUUCCAGCCCAGCUACGGGGAGAGCAUCUACAGCUGCAAGGAGGCGGCCAGACGCAUGGUCAAGAGCGCCAGAGAGGUGAUUGCCAUAGUGACAGACUCCCUCACGGACCUGGAUAUCUUCAAGGAUCUUCAGGAGGCCUGCUCGCACCGCCGGGUGCCCGUCUACAUCCUGCUUGACCAGUCCAGCGCCCCGGCCUUCCUGAAGAUGUGCCGGAGCGUGGGCGUCCGCCUGGACGACCUGCAGCAAAUGAGAGUGCGGACCAUAACCGGCACCAGUUACUACAUGAGGUCCGGGGCGAGGAUCACCGGGAAGGUUCACGAGAGGUUUAUGCUCAUCGAUGGAAACCGAGUGGCCACCGGCUCCUACCGGUUCAACUGGACCGAUGGCAAACUGAACAGCAGCAACCUGAUCGAGCUCUCCGGUCAGAUAACCGAGAAGUUCGACGAGGAGUUCCGCGUCCUGUACGCCCAGUCUCUGCCCAUUAACACCCGGGGGCCUCCCAGCGUGCGUAGCAGCGGGGUCUUUGACCACCUGGUCAUUAAACACCCCGCCGCCUGUUCCCCUCUCUCGGUCAGGGACGGGCAGGCGCGGCUGGCCUGUCUGACCAGCACGCCCAACCGGAAGCCGCAAACGCCAGCGCGGGAGGCCUCGUGUCAGGGUCAGGGAAACGAGUCCUCUGCUGUGGACGGGGACUGGCCCGAGCAGCCGGAGGAGAUCCUGGCCGGCUGCAGCCCCCUGCGUUUCCCCCCGGAGCAGGAGGUAGAGAAAGAGCCGCUGACCACAGCCCCCGCCGUCCGCCACGUCUCAACCCAGACCGGCCCGCCGGUGACCGACCCGCAGCCGGCGCCGGACGCCUCUCCGUCCACCGCCUCAUCCCCCUCCCCCGCCCCGCCCACCCAAAGGGCUCCUGACGGCACUUUAAAGGACUCCUUCCACAAGCUGACCAAAGAGCGCCUGCACCGCUACUCGGCCAUCCGCUCCAAGCUGGAACACAUGGUGACCGCGCUGACCGAGAGGCGAGAGCUGGCCGACAUCAGCAACGUGACUCAGGGGCUGGGCGCGGGCAGCCGGCAGAGGGUACACAAAGACUGUGUGCGGGAACCGAAUCCCAGACUGCCUGUUGAAAGUGUGGGCACGGGCACAUGGCCAAGAGCCAGAUGUGCAAACUAGGUUGUCUUCAGGGAUUUUAGCUGUGGAGGGUAGCAUGGG